AAUUGAGAGAGAGACAGACAGACAGCACUUCAUUCAUAAGUGCAUAUUGCUACCGUAAUAUUUUUCUUUGUUUAAAAACAUCCAUAAAAUGAGACCUUGUAUCUGUAUUUGUGCGUUGUUGGUCCUUUAAGAAGCUGGCUGCCUUCGAAUCAAAGUGACGUCAUUGAAUUGGAGAUGUCGAAGUCCUGCAGGGGGAAGCACAUCCUGUCGUUAGGAGCAUCUUUAUUGACCGCUUUUCAGUCUUUUAUUGGUUUAUUAUGAUUACAUUCGGCUUUAGUGUCCGUUUAACAUACUUUUUGGGGGGACUUUGCACGCCUGCGUCCCUUUUUUCUGCAAUAAGGAUUUUUUGGUGUACUGGUAUGCUGCAUUUCGUGUUGAUAGUUGCCGAGGGCGUGCUGAGGUGAAGUUGUAAUGCCAAAUGUUAAGCAGCGGAGCAAGCGCACACAAUAACAUCAAGUAAGAGAACGCACGGAGGAUGACUGCGCAGCCUGGGGCGGGGGCCACUCUACCCGGAUGUGACUCCGGGGGCGCGGGCAGCAGCAGCAGCAGCAGCAGCCUCGCCGCCGUCUCCGACCUGCAGCCUGCUGCUCACGUGACGCAAAUCAAGUUGAGGAAAAACGCGGUGACUGACGACUACAAGAUAACAGCGCACGUUCUCGGCCUGGGAAUCAACGGCAAAGUACUGGAAUGCUUCUGCAAGAAGACUGGACACAAAUGCGCCCUCAAGAUUUUGUACGACACACCAAAAGCCCGCCGUGAGGUGGAGUUGCAUGCCAGGGUCUCGGGUGGUCCACACGUGGUCCGCAUCCUCGGCCUGUAUGAGAACAUGCACAAGGGGAAGAAGUGUCUCCUCAUCGUCAUGGAGUGCAUGGAGGGAGGCGAGUUGUUCUGUCGCAUUCAGGCGAGAGGGGACCAGGCCUUCACUGAGAGAGAGGCAUCCGAAAUUAUGCGGGACAUAGGCUUGGCCAUCGACUACCUCCACCGCAUGGACAUUGCUCACAGGGAUGUAAAGCCUGAGAACCUGCUGUACAGCACCAAGGAGACCAACGCAUCACUCAAACUGACUGACUUUGGCUUCGCAAAGGAGACCACGCAGCACAAUUCCCUGCAAACUCCCUGUUACACUCCUUAUUAUGUUGCCCCUGAAGUGCUCGGCCCAGAAAAAUACGACAAGUCAUGUGACAUGUGGUCUCUGGGUGUCAUCAUGUACAUUCUGCUGUGUGGAUUCCCCCCGUUCUACUCCAACACAGGCCAGGCCAUCUCUCCUGGGAUGAAGCAGCGCAUUCGACUGGGACAAUACAAAUUCCCCCUCCCUGAGUGGGCGGACGUUUCAGAGGAGGCCAAGCAACUCAUCAUCCAGCUGCUGAAGACCGACCCUAGUGAAAGGAUGACGAUCGGUCAGUUCAUGAGCCACCCUUGGAUCAGCCAGUCCAAGGCGGUCCCGCUCACUCCUCUCCACACCCCUCGUGUUCUGACGGAGGACAAGGAGCUGUGGGAUGACGUCAAGGAGGGAAUGACCAGUGCCUUGGCCACGAUGCGUGUUGAUUACGAACAGGUUAGGAUUAAAGACUUGGACACAUCCAACAACCCUCUGCUCAAUAAAAGACGCAAGAGGCCGCUGCCCGCAGAGGAUGAAACUCAUUUUAAUUGUAACACAAAUACUCAUUUUUCUGACCAGGGGAAAUUAUGAUGAAAGUGUAUCAUUACAAUCACAUUACAGUCAAAUGUGUUGACGUUUAAUAACCAGUGGCAGCUGGUCAAUAGUUUGACCAGCUUAAUUCUCUUCAAUAGAUAGAACCAAGGUGGGGCGCAAUAUACCAGCGCUUUCAGUAUUUUAUUUUUCAGUGUGAAGACUGACAUUUGCUGUUAAAAUCUAUGUUAGAAAUGUACGGUAAUUCAUAAAUCUUUUCAGUGUCAGAUGUUCAUAUUUCAAAUGAUGUCACUUUUUGGGGAACGCACAAUACAUUCGUCUUGACAGCACAGCACAACUGUGACAGGUUGUUCCUGUACCGUGCUCAGCAUAUACUUUAUAUGAAUAUUAAGAGAAGCAUUUUAUUGUCACGAAUGCAAAGGUACUGUGCAGUAUUCCAAAUAAAAUGGCACUUUUAAUGCUUUA